UUGCAGUACGUAGCCCUACAAAAUUUCCGCGAAAAAGAGUUGCGAUCGCUGGUCAACCUCAAUUACACCGUGACAGUAUUCCAAAAAUAAGUUGUUAAUGUGUUAACCAGCAAGAGUUAUGGUUUCAAUAAGCCCCGUCGCGCACAAACUCUUAAGUUACGUGCCGUUUAUUCUUGUUUUGAUUGACCUGCGGUACGAAGGGGUGCAUUGUGGGAAGAGUGGUGAUGUGGAGAGUCACUUGGAAAUGGGCAAAAAGCUUCUGGCUGCUGGUCAGCUGGCUGACGCUCUGUCCCACUUCCAUGCUGCAGUAGAUGGGGACCCGAAAAACUAUCUGGCCUAUUACAGAAGAGCAACAGUUUACCUGGCCAUGGGAAAGUCCAAAUCUGCACUGCCAGAUCUGAGUAAAGUCAUUGAACUCAAACCAGAUUUCACAGCAGCAAGACUUCAGAGGGGAAAUCUACUCCUGAAGCAGGGAAAGCUGGACGAGGCAGAAGGAGAUUUCAAGAAAGUGCUCAAAUCUAGCCCCGGCGAUAAAGAGGAGAUGGAAGCCAAAGCUCAGCUGACAAAGUCGGACGAGAUUCAGCGGUUGGUGGCUCAAGCGCAGAAGGACUUCGCGCGCCAGGAUUACAGCUCGGCCGCGGCCCGCUUGGACACGAUCAUUGAGACGUGUGUGUGGGAUGCAGCUUCCAGAGAGCUCCGAGCAGAAUGCUUCAUCCAGAUGGGCGAGAUGGGGAAGGCCAUCAGCGACCUGAAAGCUGCCUCCAAACUAAAGAACGACAACACUCGGGCUUUCUACAAGCUAAGCACCAUCUACUACCAGCUAGGAGACCACGAAAUGGCACUCAAUGAGGUGCGUGAGUGUUUGAAGCUGGACCCCGAUCACAAACAGUGCUUCAGCCACUACAAACAGGUGAAGAAGCUGAACAAACAGAUAUUGUCUGCGGAAGAGCUCAUCCAGCAGCAGAGGUAUGCAGAUGCAGUGAGUAAGUAUGAGUCUGUGAUGAAAACAGAACCACACGUACCCCACUACACCCACCAGGCCAAGGAGCGGAUCUGCCACUCUUUGUCCCAGAAUCAGCAAGCCACAGAGGCCAUCGCGAUGUGCAGUGAAGUUCUGAAGUCAGACCCUGAGAAUGUGAACGUGUUGAAGGACAGAGCGGAGGCCCUCCUGCAGGAUGAACAGUACGAUGAAGCAAUUCGGGACUACGAGAAGGCCCGCGAGCACAGCGAGAACGACCGCCAGAUCAAGGAGGGGCUGGACCGGGCACAGCGUCUCCGCAAGCAGUCCCAGAAAAGGGAUUACUACAAAAUCUUGGGAGUCAAGAGGAACGCUCAGAAGAAGGAGAUCAUCAAAGCCUACAGGAAGCUGGCCCAGCAGUGGCACCCCGACAACUUCCAGGAUCCCGACGAGAAGAAGAGGGCAGAGAAGAAGUUCAUUGACAUUGCCCAAGCGAAGGAGGUGCUUUCUGACCCCGAGAAGAGGAGCAAGUUUGACCAAGGUGAGGACCCCCUGGAUCCAGAGAGUCAGCAGGGCGGGGGUCACCAUCACUUCCACGGGGCGUGGGACACCUUUCAGGGAUUCAAUCCCUUUGGGUCUGGGCCCUUCAACUUCAAAUUCAACUUCAACUGACACCGCUGCCUCUCAGCACAGCCGGGACCAGCCUGUCCUCACAACCCUUCAUCAGAGAGGGAACGUUCCAUUGGAAUGGGAACCAUAUCCGGCCCUCAAUAACAGUAAUUGUACUCAGGUGCAUACUUGCACAUCCUCCCCGACCACUGCAGUGCCAUUUCUGAAAAUGUCAUAACUGCCAUAAAAUGGUGUCCAUGCUGUGGAAAGACAGUCAUGCCUGAAGGACCGUUUGUCCAGCUAGACUUGUCAUUUUGCUGCAGUCCUAAAUAUCCCCAUGUUAUGUAAGAAACUUUUGACAGCUGAAGGACCUGGGCAAAGCUCUUCCCAAGCCUUUACCUGUAUGCUUUACCUUCUGAAGGGUG